AUGAAAGAUAGAACAUGCACUUGCAAGAGAUUCGAAAUUGAUGAAAUACCGUGUCAACAUGCAGUAGCGAUUAUCAAUGAAAUGAAUCGAGAUCCAUAUCAGUAUUGUUCAAUCUACUACAUGAAAGAAACUAUACUAGAAAUGUAUAGUGAAACAGUAUUUCUAAUGGCGAAAGAAGAUGAAUGGGAUAUACUACAACAAGUAAAAGACUUUAUUUUAUUACCGCCACAACAUAAAACAAAAAGCGGAAGGCCAAAAACGCAAAAGUUUAAAUCUCCUUGGGAAAAACUGAAAAAUGGAAAGUGUACUAGAUACAUAUAUGAUACAUUUUGGAUACAUAUUGGAUGUUUUAUGCCAGAUGCAUCUUUCAACACUGUGAUCACUUCACUAAAUAUGUGUUUAUGUCAGAUACAUCUAUUAUACAUCUUUGAUACAUCUUUAUUGUUUAUGCCAGAUACAUCUCAUAUGUUUUUGAUAUUUCAAAAGUAA